AUGACAAACGGAAGCAACGCAAUGGCGGACACAGCACACGGCAACGAAGAAUUGGCGUAUAUCCCUCCUCCAACUACACCUCCACCCCCUAUCUCUGGCAUAUUCCUUAUCAUAUUCUUCAUAAUCCCAACACAUCGAACCUGUAUGAAUUAUGAAGUAUUAGUGACUGCUAUUUGGGAAAUCGAUUGUGGUGAGGACAUGAAUGACCGUUACAACGCAUAUCGUGAUGCUGUUGAGCGUAAGCGGCAUUUAGACGGUAAACCGUUUUCAAAAGGUGAUGGAAGGCGAAAAAUGACAGCUGAUAACGAACAACGGAGAUUUCAUGGAACAAAAUUGGGCAAAGGAUUUCCACAAACUAUGGACGAUCCAACGCUUAAGAAGCCACCAAACGGUGAUAACUCAAUACUUGGCGAACCGAGUCCAUUCGGAAAUCUUAAUUAUGAUGAGGUGGUCGUGUAUAAUGAGGCUGCAUGUUAA